AAACCAAGAACCAAUCCCUUUUUGGAAUUCAGAUCAAAAUUCAGGGAUGGAGCCGGUUGAGGUUGCUGGACUCCAGUACCUCGCACCUGCAAACGAGGCCCCCUUCCCAGCUCAUUUCACUGCGAUGCAGAGCAUACCUACAUUCCAUUACAGCAGAUUCUUAAGACCCAUACCCAAUCCACAGAUCCCUCCUCCAGUUCAUGAGUUCACACCACAGUCAUCAUGUGUCAGCAAUAACUCUUCUGAUGAAGCAGAGGAGCACCAGCUGAGCAUCAUAGAUGAAAGGAAGCAGAGGAGAAUGAUAUCUAAUAGAGAAUCUGCUCGCCGAUCACGGAUGCGGAAGCAGAAGCACCUGGAUGAACUCUGGUCACAAGUCAUGCGGCUCCGAAAUGAGAACCGUCAGCUCAUAGAUAAGCUGAAUCACGUGUCAGAGUGCCACGACCAGGUCCUCCAGGAAAAUGAGCGGCUAAGAGAGGAAGCUUCUGACCUUCGCCAAAUGCUCAACAGCCUGCAACUGGAUAGUUCAUAUGCCACGUUGCAGGAUCUCGAAGAGAUACCAUGCAACACAGCUCACCUAAGAGCUGAAUCAAACCAAUCCAUCACUAGUUCCAUGGAUUUGCUUCAUUGAGAUAGGGGCCACGUUUCUUAUCUUCUCUCUCUUUUUCUUCUAAAAUUUUUCCUUCUUUUAUUUCUAUGUUCCUCUGUUUGUUCUGUCCAUCAGUGUAUCGGUCUUUGUAAUCUUAUGAGCCAAAUAAGACAAAGAAGAGGCCAUGAAACAACAGCUUGAGGAUGUAUCAAUCUAAGCUUACUUAUGAGACAUACAACUAGAUAGAGUUCCAGGUGUUUUGAAUUAGUUUCCUCU